CGUCUACACCUACAAUCAAAUAACAGUUUCCUUUUUUACAUUUUUCAAAUGGAUCCAAGUGGUCAAGAUGAAGGGUAUCCAUUGGUAUUGGUUUCUUCUCGAUAUAUUGUAAACUACCUGGCGUUUUACCUGAAGGCUUUUUAUUAUACAUGCAACCAAAACAUGACCUUAUAUAAUUCUUUACGUAAUUUCGAAUGGAAACCAAUAACGUUUUGACAAGAUAUCUAAAGUUUUAUCAACGACAAAAUGACCUGCGUCGUUUUUUUCUUUGUUAGGUUUGUUAGCGGUUUUGCAAUAAGAGCAAAUCCCUUAACAUAUUUUCUAAAAUAGCUAGGCAAACCUAAAAAUUGUCUAACAGAAUGAACAUCAGUAGGCUCUGGAAAAUUUGUUACCGCUUUUAUUUUCUCUUCUCCAGGCUUAACCCCUUCUUGAGAAAUUUCGUGACCUAAAUAACUUAUUUUCGACAUUAAAAAUUUACACUUAUCAAAUCUCAAAGUCAUACCUGCGUCGUGCAUCAAUUUUAGAAUUUUGUCUUGUGCAAGCCCACCAGAUAUGUCCUGAGAAGGCAGCCGAACAUGAUCCAUGUAAUGCCCAGCGCCGACAGAAGUGGUAUUGGCUUAUGGCGUGGCAGUGGUGUGGCACCGACGUGGCAGCGGCCUGGCGUUUUGACGCCUACUAAAGUGGCACAGAAGCAGCACACAAAAUGCAAAUUUAGUCAUUACUACAAUGUCGUCUUCAGAGGACGAAGAUGUUCUUGCUUUAGUGCAUUUAAAUAAUAUUCAAAGAAGACGAUAUUGGGUACAUCCUUUAUGGAAAAAGAAAAACAAAAAAUAUGGCAGCUUUAAUGUAUUUAAAGAGCUAAAUCAGUAUCCAGAACGGUUUCAGUCUUUUUAUCGAAUGUCUAAAGACUGUUUUACUCGGCUACUAAACAUAAUAAAACCAAAAAUAACUAAAAAGAAUACAAACUGGAGAAAUUGUGUUAGUGCAGAAGAGCGAUUAUUAAUAACUCUUAGAUACUUUGCCACGGGCUCAUCUUUCAAGUCCUUACAAUUUUAUUUUUUAAGGGGACAUACAACAAUACGAAAAAUUGUUUAUCACACAGCUAAGAUGUUAUGGAAAACUCUACAGCCACAGUUUUUACCAAAACCGACUAGUGAAAAAUGGUUGGAUAUCGCUGAACGCUUUUAUAGUCUAUGGAAUUUACCUAAUUGUAUUGGGAGCAUUGACGGCAAGCACAUUAGGAUAAAAGCACCCCCAAAUUCAGGAUCUGCAUUCCACAACUAUAAAGGUUUUUUUUCUAUAGUGCUGUUAGCUGUUGUCGACGCAGAUGGCUUAAUUAUUUCUGUAGAUGUGGGUGAAUAUGGCCGCAACAGCGAUGGGCGUGCGUUAAAAGAAAAUAAAUUUGGAAAGUGUCUGGUUCGAGGAGAACUUAAUAUACCAGAUCCAACUCCUCUACCUGGUGAAGAUGUAAAUAUUGGUUUUCCCUACUACUUUGUAGGUGACGAAGCAUUUCCGCUCAGAAGCGAUCUUAUGAAACCCUUUGCCCGCAAUCAACUUACCAAUGAAAGAAGAAUGUAUAAUUACAGAAUUUCUCGGGGACGCAAAUCAGUGGAAUGCUGCUUUGGUAUGUUAAGUACUAAAUUUGGAAUAUUGCAAACGUCCAUCUGUAUGAAAACGAAAAGGAUUGAUAUAAUAAUCCUAGCAAUAUGUGCUUUACAUAAUUUUAUUCGUAUUUACGAUGGAAUUUUUUCCACACCUAAACAACCAAACAAUAUUCAGCACAUACCUGUUCAGGAUUUGCAAAUACAAAGAAACACUCCACAAAAUUUAAGAAAUCGGCUUUGUAACUACUUUUGUAACAUUUCUCCCAUUCCAAACCAAGGAUAUUACAAUUUUUAAUAACUAUUUUUUAUUAGGUAUUACAAUACCAUGUUACCUCUACUACAUUUUUUGAGUUGUAACUAUAACCUUACUUAUUAUAAUAAAUUAUUGGAUUAAAAAUUACCUGUUUCCUUAAUUGUUUUCGAGAUUUCAUUCCAGGCAGCAUCUUGUGCAGUUCUGUUGCAAUAAUCAGGUCGAUUAUAAUCAUAUAAACAUGGUUUUGAUUCAACUAAUUCGACAAAGCGAACAUUAAAUUCAAAAUCAUCCCGCAUUUUCAUGUCAAAACUAUGAAAACAUUCAAAACAACGAACGAGAUCGGACUGGCAUGCCGCUUUCCAUGCACCACUAGUGGUUACAAUAUGGCGUGCCAUUUCUGCACCGCUACCACGCCAUCUCAGUGUGCGUUGCUUAAUUCAUUUACAUUAUCUUUCUAUUGCCACUCGCCAGAACCACGCCGCUGCCAGACUUCCGCCACUUCUGUGGGCGCUGGGCCUAAGCCAUGGCCGUGGCAUACCUAAAUGACCCAAGAAUUUUAUUAAUUGCCCGUUGAAACACUGCUGCCGCAUUAACAAGUCCGAAGAGCAUAGUCAUAUAUUCAUAAUGACCGUCUGGUAUAACGAAAGCUGUUUUAUGAAUUGAAUUUUCCUCUAUGGAUAUUUGGUGAUAACCGUCUAAACUCGUAAAAUAAUUACAUCAUUUUAAAUUGUCCAAUAAAUCAUCGAUUCGUGGUAACGGAUAAUUGUCUUUGACUGUUUUUCUAUUCAAGGCCCUGUAAUCCACACACAUGCGAGUUUCGCCAUUCUUUUUGCGUACUAGUAGGAUAGAACUCGCAUAGGGAGAAAAAGAUUCACGUAUUAUUUUAUUCUCUAAUAAGCCAUUUACUAUUUUCCCAAGUGUAUCCCUUUCGCAAAAUGGCAAACGAUAUGGUUUAUAGGUGACAGCUAUGUCAUCAGUUAAAUUAAUAGACAUUUUUGUGAUAUUUGUUCCGCCCUACUUCAGUUAAAUUUGUAGCAAAACAGCCUCUAUAUUUAUUAAGUAGUUCUUAAGGUACGGUCUGUUUUCGGCGAGUAAUGGAGGCGAUUAAACGAUGCGUUUAAUCCCUUAAAGUCUGCCUAACCAAUCUGUAGCUAAGCGGUAUCGGUGCGGGGAACGUGGUUGUAGACUAGACCCGCCUCAUUUCAUUCAUGAAAUGGCCAGUGACGUGCGAAAUUUUAUAAACCGAUUACACAGAUUUGAAUGUAUUCAAUAUUAAAAAAUAUGGUUUGGUUUUAAUUUUAAAAUAGGUAUUUGUAGGUAAGAUAUUAAUUUGGAAAUUAAGGUCUUCUAAAAUAUUUUAUUUGUAAAUAUGUAAUAAAAAAUGACAGACAAGAUUAGGGAAGUUUGAGAUAAAAGUAAAGUAAAGAAAACACAAAAUUUGUAAUACACCUACUUAGUUUAUUCACUUAAAAUAAGAGUGCCGUACUCGAUGCCUGGAUAUCGCGAGGGAAAGAGCACGGCAGAUA